CACAUAGGAGGCAGUUUAAUGAUUUGUUUAAGCACGAAAGCGCUGACGGGGAAGCGGAGGACACACAUUUUUGGGCCUCCAGCAGCCUUUACAAAUGAUCUCACAUUAUUCAAAGAUGCCCACCUGCUAGGCACAGAGUGAGGGAGAGAGAGAGAGGAGAGACAGAGAGAUGAAAGAUUAUUUAUUUCUCAUGGGUGGGAGACAGUGAGAGAGUGAGUGAGUGGGAGGGAGGGAGGGCGGCAGUCAGAAGCAAGCAAACUAAUUCUUACCGAAGAACAGACAGUCGUGCCAGAGCAGGAGCUGCUUACGCUCAGUUCACCUCUCAGACGCUGUCGGUACAUCAGCAACCAAAAAAAGAAAAUAAGAAAUUAGUCUUAUUUGUCUUGUCUUCGACUCCUAAGUAGGAGCAGACUUUCCAUUUUGGACAGGAGGGGGCUGCAAACACACGCACCCGCACUUCUCCAGAGACGCAACAACUCAAGGUGAAUGCCGUCAUGCCAUUUGGGUGCCUUGCCCUGCGAGAUGGGCGGACUUACGAUAGCAUAUCUGAUGUCACAGACAAAUAUGAGAUUGGACAAGUCCUCCGAGCGAAGGAGUUCUGCGAGCUGUGCCUGGCUAAGGACAGACAAACAGACAAGGUGUUUGUCUGCAAGAAAUUCCUCAAGAAAGACGGCAGAAAAGUCCGCAAGGCUGCCAAGAACGAAAUCAUGAUCCUGAAACUGGUCAACCACCCAAACAUCCUUCAGCUGAUAGAUACAUUUGAGACGCGGAAAGAAUACUUCAUCAUCCAGGAACUCGCCACAGGAGGAGAUGUAUUCGACUGGAUUCUGGACCAGGGGAAUUAUACGGAGAGAGAUGCUUCCAACGUCAUCAGACAAGUCCUUGAAGCUGUGGCGUACUUGCACUCCCUCAACAUAGUUCACAGGAACCUGAAGCUGGAAAACCUGAUGUACUACACAGAAAACAACCAUAACAAAGUAGUUCUACGAGAUUUCUACCUGUCCAGAUUUGAAAAUGGACCCAUCACAGAGCCAUGUGGAACUCCAGAAUAUCUGGCUCCUGAAGUGGUGGCUCGUCACCGGUAUGGCCGUCCUGUGGACUGCUGGGCUGUGGGUGUCAUCAUGUUCAUACUCUUAUCAGGUAACCCUCCUUUUUAUGAUGAAACAGAGGAGGAGAACACAGAUCUGCAUAAUCGCAUUAUCUUCUGUCGCAUUGUUGCUGGCGACUUUGAGUUUGAUUCGCCCUACUGGGAUGACAUUUCACCUGCAGCUAAAGAGCUUGUCUGUCGGCUUAUGGAAGUGGACCAGAUGCUGAGAAUCACAGCACAAGAUGCUCUUUGGCAUGAAUGGAUUGCAGGCAACGGUGCAUCAGAGAAGAACCUGAAGGAUGGUGUGUGUGCCCAGUUUGAGAAGAAUUUCGCAAAGGCCAAAUGGAGGAAAGCAAUCCGUGUCACCACCUUCAUGCAGCGACUGAAGAACUCAGAGGCACUGAUUGACAGUUCAGCUGAGGUUCAGGGUGGUGAGGAGGCAGGAGAUGGUGAAGGGGGUGUUUCCCAAGGGACAAGUGAUGAGGGAGAUAAAGGGACAAGUGAUGGAGCGGUGACGUCAAGUAGUGUGUCUUUAGAGGUUACUGUUGAGAAUACGCCAGCAGGUGUGGACCAGGAUGAGGGGACAACUAAGGUAGGAGAAAAACAGGGUGAGGUACAGUCAUCUAUUGGCCCAUCUGUAGGAGUUUCCCCCUUAGAUAUUCAGGACUUUCUCGGGCAAUCAAAUGCAGCCCCCAAAGUUGUACUGGAGGACAAGGUUAGUGCAAGAAAGGGAGCAGGGGAUGGAACUAGGAAAAUGGCUGCCAAUUUAGGUCAGAAUAAAGUUGUUCCAGAAACCAAACAGACCCCUGAAACCUCAAAGCUGUUUGACAGUUCAUCGGGCACUAAUCUUGAUAAAAAACACACAAUGGCCUCCCCCGAUCCCAGCAGCAAGCGUAAAAUGGCUGCAACACUUCAUGGUCCUCCACCUACAGCACCUGCUGUCGCCUCAACCUCACCACACAAAAGACCGGCCACGCAAAGCGAGCAGAAGGACGAAGCUGAUGGGAGUUGGUGUCAAACGCAAGUACCCGAGGCAGUAGCAGAGAGGUCAGUGGCAGUACCAGGCAGUCCAGCAAUGGGGCCCGGAGCUGGAGUGGAUGUAGGACUAGGAGUUAGAUUACGGGGUGAUGCUAGUCCCAGUGGUAGAAGGGAUAGAGAUGCCAGGAGGACAGAUAGACACAGUGCUGAGUUUAGCCUGGCCAGGGCAGGUGUUGCACCAGGACAGGGUUGUUAUGCAGUGGGUAGCUCUGCUAGUCUGGGUCGCCAUGCCACGCCAUACAAUCCAGAAGUUGGGGCUGUGGGGAUGGGCAUUGCAGGGGCCUACGGGAGUCCAUAUAGUACACUGUAUACGAGUGGAGGAGGGAUGGGGAUGUACGGGACCGGGCUGCCGCAUGCAGGAGGGGGAAGCAGCACUACGAGCGACUGGCAGAUGGACAGCGUGAUCGAGCAGAUAGAAAAGCAAAUGGCCGCCGUGCUGGAGAAGAUCGAGGGAGACAUGCCCUCGCUGCUGGAGCAAAUCAGUGACUGCCCUGCUGAACCAUCACGUGCCCGGAGCACGCACGCCUCCCCCGCCACCUCCCGUGCACGCCCCUCACAACGCCCCUCAGCCGCCACCUCGUCCACUCCUCCGCCCCUUCCCACCUCUCCCAGACCUGCACUGCCGUCUCUCCCUCGCCUUACUAUCCCUCCUCCCUCCUACCCCCCACCCUCUCCACCCACACAGACCUCACCCCAGGCUGUGGGAGAGCAGGAAGACAUGGAUGGACAAAGGGGUGCUGCUCAUCCCAGCCAGUCGUCCAGAGCUGGGAUGGGUAGGGGGCUAUGAAUCGCGUGCGCAUGAUGCAUACACCGAUGCAAAAACACCUGGAACACUGCAUUUAUCAUUUAAACUUGGGAGUUUAAUGACUUUGUCUCACCCAGAAGUAUCAUCCACUCGCUCCUCACAAGAAAAGUAACCAUACAGUGUUGUCUGGUUUGACUGUGUGUUCAUACCAGUUGACUGUUUACCCCCACUGGCAUUCAGACACUCUUAUGACUGGAGUCUAGGGGGACUGAAGUACUGCAUCUCUCUCUGAACGCUAGAUCUCAAAGGCUUGUUUAUAUUUCAAAUCUAGACUGUGUGCCUAAAUGUUCACCACAAAACCACCUCAUACUGGGAUCCAAACACUCUGCACAAAUUAUGAAGUACAAGUAGGAAACAGUGUGAUACAUCUCUUAACUAAUAGAGAUAACAACUGAGCAAGGGUUGAUUUGAAUUCCCUACUAACUGUAAAUACAUACAAAACACUAGGUUCCUUAUUCUUUGCUCCCACAAUAUAAACUUCCUCAUAUACAAAAGGACAUUUACUUUUUUUUUUAGAGCAGCUGAUCCCAUUUCGUUAUUUUUUAGUUCCUUUUCAUUUAUGUAGCUAUUCAUUCUAUUAUGAGGCUUGGAGUUACACGGUUGUACAGAAAUUUUGUGAAACUGAACUGAUCAACCCAUUCCACAGGCUGCUGGAAAUUGAGAUUUCUUUAAUUGUAUAGUGUAUUGAAACUUGAAUUGUUACUCAAGAGUCUUGUGAGUUGCUCCACAUCUGUCGGAGAGCUGGGGGGGAAAGAAAAUCUUUAGAUGCAAGAUACUGUACAAAGGCUUUGCAAUAACAUAACACAAAUAUACAUUUUUUUCUUCCUUUUUCAAAGUUCUCCAACAAUCUUGCUCGUAAAGUUUGUUUUUUGUUUCUCUCCAGUUUUGUUGGCACAUUUAUUUGGUAGGCUUACUGUUAAUUGGACAGUCCUGUCUAUUUGCACCUUUUUAAUCAUAAAUGUCCUUUUGAAUUUCAUUCUGCUUUUGGGUGUAUGUAAAACCAGGUACUGUGCUUUUCUCCUGAACAAGUCUAGACCUCCACUAUUCUGUCACUAUGUAAACUGUGCUCUGUUUGCAAGUCUUUCAAUAAAAAUUAAAAAAAAAAAGAA